GUGCAUCCCACACGGAAGUUGGGGAGGCCCGCCUGCCGCCUGGCAGCCACUCUCCUGCUCACACUGUGACCAGCAGCCCCAACGGGCCAGGACAGGGUGCACAGCCAGCAUGCAGGAGGAAGAGAGCCUCCGGAUCCUGGUGGGGACAGAAGGGGGCAGCUUCCCUUUGGAGGAGAGGGGCACUUGUGAGGCCUCUGAGCAGUGGGACUUUGUGCUUGUGGCUGCUCACCACACCCAAAAGAACAAGGAGCAGAGGCAGCGGUUCCUGGAGGAGCUCAGGAGAAAGGGCUUCGAGUGGAAGGAGAGCAAGGGCCAGAAACAGGUGUUCUUUGGGAUCCGAGCCGAAGACAAGAUCUUUGAGCUAUACCGCACCCUCCUCAUGGAGCCGAAAGGCCCUGCCCCUGGAGUUGAGUCGGCCACGCCAGCCUCUGUCCCAGACACCACGAGAAUCAGAAUCGUGAACUUUGUCCUGAACCAAACGAAGGUAGCUGGAGACACCUUUGAGGAUUUGAAGAAGGACCGGGUCUUUGAGGCCACAUUCCCACUGCACAAGGGGGAGGAGGAACUGGAGAAGACAUGGGCCCGGUGGAGAAACCUGGUGCGCAGGCAGCCGAUUGACGACAUCAGGAACUACUUCGGGGAGAAGGUGGCUCUGUACUUCGCCUGGCUGGGCUGGUACACCUACAUGCUGGUGCCCGCCGCGCUGGUGGGCCUCCUUGUCUUUCUGAGCGGGUUUGCCCUGUUCGAUGCCAGCCAGAUCAGCAAGGAGAUCUGUGAGGCCCGGGACGUCCUCCUGUGUCCUCUGGGCCACCAAAGUCGCAGCUUCCAGCCGCUCUCCAGCACCUGCACAUUCGCCAAGCUCACCCACCUCUUCGACAACGAGGGUACCGUGCUGUUUGCCAUCUUCAUGGCUUUGUGGGCCACGGUGUUCCUGGAGCUCUGGAAGCGGAAGCGAGCCGAGGUGGUCCUACACUGGGAUCUGUAUGGGUGGGACGAGGACCAGGAGGAGAUGGCGCUGCAGCUCAUCAACUGCCCUGACUACCAGCUCCAGCCUCACCAGCACUCCUACCUGCGCAGCACCAUCAUCCUGGUCCUGUCUGUGUUCAUGAUCUGCUUCAUGAUCGGCAUGGCCCACUUACUGGUGGUCUACCGUGUGCUGGCCGCUGCCCUCUUGGGCACGUUGCCCUUCCUGGAGAAGCAGGUGACCACAGCUGUGGUGGUGACAGGGGCCCUGGUGCACUACGUGAUCAUCGUCAUCAUGACCAAGGUCAACAAGUACGUGGCUCUGAAGCUGUGUGACUUUGAGAAGCCCAGGACCUUUUUGGAGCGGGAGAGGAAGUUCACUAUCAGGUUGUUCACCCUGCAGUUCUUCGCCCACUUCUCCUCCCUGGUGUACAUCGCCUUCAUCCUGGGCAGGAUCAAUGGUCACCCCGGGAAGUCCACGCGCCUGGCUGGUCUGUGGAAGCUGGAGGAGUGCCAUCUCAGCGGCUGCAUGAUGGACCUGUUUGUGCAGAUGGCCAUCAUCAUGGGUCUGAAGCAAACACUGAGCAACUGCAUAGAGUACCUGUGCCCGUGGCUGACCCACAAGUUCCGCUUGAUGACAGCCUGCACAGGCGGCCGCUGGCCCUGCGACCCCCAGCUCCAGGAAUGGCAGCGCAACUACCUCUUGAACCCCGUCACCACCUUCAGCCUGUUCGACGAGUUCAUGGAGAUGAUGAUCCAGUAUGGCUUCACCACCGUCUUCGUGGCUGCCUUCCCCCUGGCCCCUCUGCUGGCACUUUUCAGCAACCUCGUGGAGAUCCGCCUGGAUGCCAUCAAGAUGGUCCGGCUGCAGAGGCGCCUGGUGCCACGCAAAGCCAAGGACAUCGGAACCUGGCUGCACGUGCUGGAGACCAUUGGUGUUCUGGCGGUCAUUGCCAAUGGGAUGGUCAUUGCCUUCACCUCUGAGUUCAUCCCCCGAGUGGUCUACAAGUACCGCUAUGGCCCGUGUCGACAGGGGAACCAGCCUGCGGAAGACUGCCUCAAGGGCUAUGUCAACCACAGCCUGUCCGUCUUCUACACCAAGGACUUCCAGGACCCUGUUGAGGGCUUUGAAAAUGUGACCGAGUGCAGGUACCGGGACUACCGCAACGCACAUGACUACAACCUCUCAGAGCAGUUCUGGUUCCUCCUGGCCAUCCGCCUGGCUUUCGUUAUCCUCUUUGAGCACGUAGCCUUGUGCAUCAAGCUCAUUGCCGCGUGGUUCGUGCCUGACGUCCCCCAGUCGGUGAAGAACAAGGUUCUGGAGGAGAAGUACCGGAUAUUGUGUGAUAAGAUGCGCUCCAGCUCCAAGAGCACAGAUGUGUAGGCGACCUGGAGCGGGCGGAGAGGUGCUGGCGCCAGAGGCCCCGUCUUGCAGCUGUCUCCAUCUCCACGUCCUGGCCCUGCCCAUGGCUGUGUGUGUGUGUGUGUGUGUGUGUGUGUAGGUGCUCUAAGAAGGCCUUGUCUGUGUGGAGUCCUGGGAGAUCUGUAAUAUGUGGGUGUCCUCGGGGUCCAUGUUCAUGAUGUACAUGUGGCUGCACGUGGGAUAUCUGAGGAAGCUGUAUAUCAUGUACGGUCUUGGUAGGCCCUUGGGUAGGUGGGGGUCAUCUCUGAACAGUACAGGUGUGCCUGUGGGGCCUGCGCCAUCUCUGUUAGGGCUCAACUUGGCACAGCCCUGACCUGAAUCCUGGGUGAUCCUGGCAUCCACAGAAUUGGGAGGACUUCUCAUGCAGCCCCAAUGCAUGAAAGUUGGCCCAAGUUUCCUGGGCCUCCCUCUGACAUCUGGGCCCCAGAUCCUGCUCUACCCCAUCUGGAGGAUGGGAAGCCCCAUCACUGUUCUGGCUCCUCCCUGGAUGGAACUGGUUCCCCUCAGCCAGUGGAACUUUUUAUAAUAAAAUUUAACAUGCAGUGUU